AUGGAUGACGGAGCAGACUCUCUGAUGACUCUGCAUCUUCUCACCAAUUCGGGACACUCAUUUCUACUGCAGCAAACUCUGGAUCGGCUUUUGGAGUGGGUCUGCCCGGACGUUCGCCUUUUCCUGGUGUCUGAGCGAGUUACUCCAUUGAAAUACUAUGAGAGAUAUCGUAAGAGAAGCUGCGGCUUUCCCGGAAUAUCUGUUCUCCUUUUUCUACACGAGGACUUGGGAGAAGAACGGAUUUUCCAGGUCCAUGAGCAAUUCCAGCGUCCACCCUGGCGCUACCAGUGUGCCCAGAUUGCUAAUGGGCAAAGCCACCCCUAUGCCCCAGCUGAUCGGGACUUCUACGGCCUGGAUGACCAGAUGCCUGUGUGGGGCAUCAGGCGGGUGCACUGUGGCCCCGAAAUCCUGCGUGUCACCCUCUACUGCAGUUUCGAUAACUAUGAGGAUGCGGUGAGACUCUAUGAGAUGAUCCUACAGAAAGAAGCGACUCUGCAGAAAAGUAACUUCUGUGUCUUUGUGCUGUACGCAACCCAAAAUAUCACCGUGCAGCUCUGCUUGAAGCAGCUGCCCAUCGGGGUGGCCGUGGAGCCAAAGGAGUCAUCAGCCCUGCAGUUCAAGGUGCAAGAAAUGGGGCAGCUGGUGCCCCUCCUGCCUAACCCGUGUGUUCCUAUCAGUAGCACUAGGUGGCAAACGCAAGACUACGAAGGAAAUACCAUUCUGCUUCAGGUUCAAGACAGCUCCAAGCCCCAUGAAACAAACGUUGGGCUUUCCCACCAGCAUAAUGAUGGAGGCAAUGAAAAAACCCUGCAGGACUCUGUCCCAGCGCCUCUCCCUGUAAAGCGGAGUAACCCUGGGUGGAGAAGCCAGGAGGUCAGAGCCAUGAAGAGUAAAACAAGAUCUGACCAAAGGACAGCCCUUCCUCCUGAGCAAGCCAGCGGUGACCUCCACAGGCACUUCUGCUCUUCUCACAGUGGCCCAGCAACCCGGCCGUGGUGGGAUGCCCCCUCCCUCCGCCGGCAGGCGAGCAGCAAGCUGCAGGCUCCUCGCCAGGAGAGCCGUGGUCGUCGGCAGGCAGCAGAGACCAACGUUGACACCGGGCUCCCUGUGGCGAGUCCUGCAAGCGGCUCCCCCCAGCCACCAGCACCCACGGAUGGGGCUGGCGGCACCAUGCCCUCCCAGGACAGGACCCCGCUGCGGUUCGCUGCAGCCAAAAGGAGCAAAGGAGCAGGGCAAAGAGCUUCGGGCUCCCACUCGCAGCCGCUGCCCGCCAGCCCUGCUAACAGAGCAGAGGAGGAGGAGGAGCAGGAGUUCUUUAUAUGA